AUGAGUGAGCUUCCUGAGGAUUCCCUGAAGACCGUUCUGUUGGAGUUAGAAUGUCACUUCACCUGGAAUCUACUCAAGGAGGACAUUGAUCUGUUUGACGUGGAAGACACAAUUGGGCAACAGCUUGAAUUUCUGACGACAAAAUCCAGACUCACUCUUUAUAACUUACUGGCCUACGUGAAACACCUAAAAGGCCAGAACAAGGAUGCCCUGGAGUGCUUGGAACAAGCAGAACAGAUAAUCCAGCGGGAGCACUCGGACCAAGAAGAAGUGCGAAGCCUGGUCACCUGGGGGAAUUACGCCUGGGUGUACCAUGACAUGGGCCAGCUGAAAGCAGCUCGGGAGUACGCAGACAAGGUAGGGGACGUCUGCAAGAAGAUGUCCAGCCCUUUCAACUACAGGUUGGAGUGUCCCGAGAUUGACUGUGAGAGAGGGUGGGCCCUUCUGAAAUUUGGGGGAAAGUAUUACCAAAAGGCUAAAGCGGCUUUUGAGAAGGCUCUGGAAGUGGAACCAGACAACCCAGAAUUUAACAUCGGGUAUGCCAUCACCGUGUACCGGCUGGAUGAUUCCGACCGGGAAGGGUCUGUGAAAAGCUUCUCUCUGGGCCCUCUGAGGAAGGCUGUCACCCUGAACCCGGAUAACACCUACAUCAAGGUCUUCCUGGCACUGAAGCUCCAAGAUGUACACGCGGAAGCCGAAGGGGAAAAGUACAUUGAAGAGAUCCUGGACCAGAUAUCCUCCGAGCCUUAUGUCCUUCGUUACGCGGCCAAAUUCUACCGGAGGAAAAACUCCUGGGACAAAGCCCUUGAACUCCUGAAAAAGGCUUUGGAGGUGACCCCGACCUCCUCCUUCCUGCACCACCAGAUGGGACUCUGUUACCGGGCCCAGAUGAUCCAAAUCAAGAAAGCCACGCGCAACAGGCCCAAAGGCAAAGACAAACUGAAGGUGGACGGGCUGAUCACGUCUGCCAUCUUUCACUUCAAGGCAGCCGUGGAACGAGACUCCAUGUUCGCCUUCGCCUACACCGACCUGGCCAACAUGUACGCCGAGGGAGGCCAGUACAGCAACGCCGAAGACAUUUUCCAGAAAGCCCUUCGCCUGGAGAACAUCACGGAUGACCACAAGCAUCAGAUCCACUACCACUACGGCCGCUUUCAAGAAUUCCACCGUAAGUCAGAAAACACCGCCAUCCACCAUUACCUGGAAGCCCUCAAGGUCAAAGACCGGUCCUCCCUGCGCCCCAAACUGACGAGCGCCCUGAAGAAACUGGCUACCAAGCGGCUGGGGCACAACGCGGCAGACCUGCAGAGCCUGAGCGCCCUCGGCUUCGUGUACAAGCUGGAGGGGGAAAAAAGGCAGGCUGCCGAGUAUUACGAGAGGGCCCAGAAGGUAGAUCCAGAAAACGUGGAGUUCCUCACGGCCCUCUGUGAGCUUCGGCUUUCCGCUUAG